AUGACCAGGCGGACGUCGUUGGACCAGGCCAAUCCACCACCUGUCUCCUCUAGCCGAUUGACAAGCCAGCCAACGUCUAAUGCUUCGAGUCCCGGCUCAUUGGGUAGCGGACGCAUCUUUGCGCCCCCGGAGCCCCAUUCUGCUCUUCCGGGCUACUUGGGCUCUACAAGUUUCACUGCAGUCCUUACCGAGCAUCGAAAUGAAAUUCCGUUCGACCCCGAGGAGAACCUCGAUUCCUGUCCCGUUUUAACAGUGGAGCCUGACCGCGUCCAGUCCGGAGCGGAGGUCCUACUAUUCCUCUACAGCUUCAAGAAUCGCCAAAAGUUAUUGGAUCGAUUUUAUUCUCGAACAUGGAAUGCGAUUGCCCCAGAGGCUGUUCUACAGGCUACACUAAUGUCGAUCGACAGAAUCUUUAACGAUUUUGAUGGCAAUAACUUGAUGCCCCAGUUACAAAAGCUCGCCACCCAAAUAUUUCGGAAUACUUCACGACCAAUGGCUACUCAUCAAUCCAUGACAAUACACGAAUACUGUGACUCAUUCACUGGGGAAAACCUUCGAUGGGAGCCUAUUGGCAAUCUUUUUUCAAUAUUUGGUCAGCAAUUGGUGAUAACCCCAGACAAUGACCCUGAUUUCUCCCAAGGAUCAGACGAUCCUCGAGCAAAAGACCGUCUCCUGGAGCAGGUCGUUGUGGCUACCACUAUUUGCAUCAACUUUUGUGAUCAAGCUUCCUCGGCCAAUGAAAUGCUAGCCUAUCUGCAGUUUAACGACGUUAUGCUACAGACCCAGCAAUACGGAGAUUCAAGCUAUCAAGCGUGGCGUCGUCUAGGCGACCUGAUAGCCACGGUUUAUGCUGCGGGUCUUCAUACAGAUGGAGAGGACGACAAUCGUCCAUUUUUCCUGCGCCAGUGGCGAAAAGGGUGUUUAAUCAGUGUCUUCUAUAUGGACAAGAUGCAAGCAUGCUUCGUUGGUCGACCACCUUUAAUGAAUUAUCGAUAUUGUACCAUGGAACCUCCUCUAGAUUUGAGUGACGAAGUUCUCAUCGAAGGAGGCGACGCUCUGAACAAAGCGAUUUCAGAGCUUGACAGUAAUGGCUGGAAUACCCAUGGGGGACGCUACCGCAUGACUCCUUCAAGGCUACGUUUCAAGAUGGCAAUUUGCAGAGAGCAAACUCUCGAGCUGGCUCUCGGAACCCACCAACCGCAAGAUCUGGUACAGAAAACACAAGAAAUAAAGGAGAAGAUAUGCGCUGUUUGGGAGUCUACUCCAGAUCAAAUUUGUUAUGACCGCCGAAAUAACGAUGAUUUUCAUGACGGCUUUCUGACCAUCGUCUACAUGUAUCUCAACUACCUCUAUACAUGCUUUCUGCUCCAGAGGACCUUGAUAAAGCACACGAAUACUGGACAGAAGGCACUCUGUGAUAUUUCCCGCCAAACCUUGGCCAUUGUCAUCAAUCUUACCUCGGUCCGCAGCCCUAUGGUGGAUCUCGACAGACAUUAUUCUUGGAUAGCCCUCACCUAUGGUCUCCCCACGGCCAGCGUUCUUCUACUAGAAUUAUUGCACCAGUCUCACAAGCCUGGCCCGCACAAUAUCGAGCUUCCUCGAUCUGAGCUCAUUCGGAACUUAAGUGUCUUUAUAUCUGUCCUAUCUUGGGUAUCACGUCCUGGUCAUGGGAAUUAUCAUACAUGCAAAGAAGCCGAGAAGAAGCUCUCGCGGAUCCUCGACCAAUUGCUCGAUCCGCAGCCCGUCCCCGCAGAAACGGUGCACGAUGUCACCUCCGGUCUGUCCAGCUUUCUUGACUGGUCAAAUUACAAUACUUGGGAUUUCAGCACGGAGUUGUUUCCGGCGGCAGAUGGACUCGCGCCGUGA